AUAUUACGUUUCAAAAAAAUAUUAAAAAAAUACUUUAUAUCUAUAUGUAUCUUCAAGGGUUUAAGUCAGUAUUUUCAGUGUCAAAAUGCCUUAAUAUAAGGUUAAAACAGAGAUUAUUAAUAACCUAUUUUCAUACCAAUCAUAAUGGAUUAUUAUCAUUAAAAGGAGUUGAAAAUGAGAGUGAAAAAAAGAAAACGUUAGGACCAGAUAAAGAGAAGGAGCGAUUAUAUAGUUAUGGAGGAUAUAUUAUGAGUUGUUUACCUAAAUUUGUUCAACAAUUUUCAGUAUGGAAAGAUGAAUUAGUUAUUUAUACGUCAGUUAAAGGAUUGAUUCCAAUUAUGUAUUUUUUACGUGAUCAUACAAGUUGUCAAUUUAAAAGUGUGAUGGAUAUUGCAGGAGUGGAUUAUCCAGAACGAGAAAAUCGAUUUGAAGUUGUUUAUAAUAUGUUAAGUGUCCGAUAUAAUUCACGAAUUCGAGUAAAAGUUUAUGCGGAUGAAACAACACAUGUGCCUAGUAUAGUUGAAUUAUUUCAAGGAGCGAAUUGGUAUGAAAGGGAGGCAUAUGAUAUGUAUGGAAUUUUUUUUGUUAAUCAUCCGGAUCUUCGAAGGAUUUUAACGGAUUAUGGAUUUGAGGGACAUCCACUACGAAAGGAUUUUCCUUUAACAGGAUAUACGGAAAUUCGAUACGAUGAAGAGAAAAAAAGAAUAGUAGUUGAGCCACUUGAAAUGACGCAAGCUUUUAGAGAUUUUAGUGGUGGGACUAGUGCAUGGGAUCAAGUAGGAGAAGGUGUAGAUGAUCGACCGGAGAAAUUUAAAGUUGCAACAUUAAAACCAGAAAAAUCCUCUUAAAAGAAUAAAUAUGAAUAUAAAAUAUGAAUAGAUAUUGUAA